GACUUUUUAUCAAAAUUGGCUAUUUAUUAAUUUAGCGUAAAAGAUAUGCAAAUAUCUUUAUCUUUAAAUAUUUAAGAGCUCAGAAAUUGACAUUAAUCUCAUGGAGUUCCUUUGAAUUCUGAUAAACUUGUUUAUUUAGGAAACCCCCACUUGAACCCCGUAAUGUGUCCCACCUUAUUUUGAUAAAAAGAUUGAUUAAAACUGAUUGAUUAAUGUAAUGCCGCAAAUUUCACGUAACCAAUUGGAAAGCUCUCCACCUCCAUUAGAGAUUCUUCAACACUCACUCACUCUCCCUCUACUUGUUAUUUAAAGUCAAGUUCUUUAUCUCAUCAAACGUUUCAUUAUUCACGAUAAGAAAAUCAUUGCAAAAAGUUUUUUAUAGUUUAUUGAUUUCCAUUCUUAUUUCUUUUUGGAACAAAUACCGAGAAAAUGAACGUGUUUUUUUCGCAUGUCGCUAAGCGGGGCUUUUCUACCUCGAACUUUAACAAUGCUAAACACAGUUGCAAGGUCCUGGUCGUGGGUGGGGGCACCGGUGGCUGUGCCACGGCCGCAAAAUUCAGUAAAAUCCUCAAAAAGAACGAGCUCAUAAUCCUAGAACCCAGCGAAAAUCACUACUAUCAGCCUCUGUUUACUUUAAUUGGGGGCGGCAUUUCUAGUCUCUCUGAUGCAAGGAAAAAUACAAAAGAGGUUCUCCCAAAAAACGCAGUUUGGCUGAAAGACUCAGCUGCCGAAUUCAACCCCCAGUCAAAUUCCGUCACGACCCAGAAUGGCGAUACAAUCGAAUACGAGUUUCUUUUAGUCGCCACUGGUCUUCAAACCGAUUAUGAUAAAAUUCCAGGUCUAGUCGCUGGUUUAAACAGUGACACAGGGGUGUGCUCUAAUUACUCGGCAAAGUACGUCGAAGGGACGUAUAGGGCGUUACAAAAGUUUGAAAACGGGAAUGCUAUUUUCACGUUUCCAAACAGCCCGGUUAAAUGUCCGGGGGCGCCUCAAAAAAUUUGUUACAUCACUGAUCAUUUUUUGAGAAAGGUGGGCAAGCGAGAUAAGGCGAACGUAAUUUACAACACGUCACUUCCUGUAAUUUUCGGCGUAAAAAAAUACGCUGAUGCACUUUGGAAAGUGUGCGAGGAGCGCAACAUCAAUGUUAAUUUGCGAACGAAUUUGAUUGAAGUCAGGCCGGACAAAAGAGAGGCGGUUUUCCAAAAUUUGGACAAGCCGGAGCAAGUCACAACUUUUGAGUAUUCCAUGUUGCAUGUUACGCCCCCUAUGAGCACACCCCCAGCCUUAAGAACCUGUCGCAGUUUAACAAACGAGUCCGGGUUUGUUGAUGUGGACAAAUCCACUCUACAGAGCACAAAAUUUUCUAAUGUUUUUGCAAUUGGUGAUUGUAGUUCAAGCCCCAAUUCUAAAACGGCAGCGGCUGCAGCUGCUCAAUGCCAGGUUGUUUUUAAAAAUAUGAAAUCGGUUAUGGAUGGGAAAACGCCAGUUUCGGCAUACGAUGGUUAUGCCUCUUGUCCUCUGGUGACGGGGUACAGCACGUGCAUUUUGGCCGAAUUCGAUUAUAAUUUAGCUCCGUUGGAAACGUUCCCUUUUAAUCAAGGACGGGAGUUGUGGAGCAUGUAUUUAAUGAAGAAAAUGCUAAUGCCUCCGUUAUACUGGAACUUGAUGCUGAAUGGCUGGUGGAAUGGACCGGCCCUGGUUAGGAACCUACUCCACUUGAGGUUUCCACAAAAUUAAGGAAUAAAACGAUGCAAUAAAUGUUGUCCUUUGUUGUGAAUUUUAUUAUUUAUAAUAUUGUGUACACGUAUGGAAAUAAAGCUAUUUUAUCACAA